UCGUCCCUUUUUCCAUCGCCGGUCCAAUUUUAUUCAAAUCACAGUCCUCACACCCUUUCUCUCUCUAAAAAUCCCCUUCUUUCUCUCUCUAAAAUCCUAGGGUUUUUGAUGAUUCGAUUUGGCUUGACCCGACCCGAACUGAAUAGUUAAUCGUGAAUGGAGUCGAAUUCAUCAACUGGAGCUCCGGCUCCCACGCCGGCGCCGAUGCCGAGUGCGAAUGCGCCGCCGCCGUUUUUGGUGAAGACGUAUGAUAUGGUGGAUGAUUCGAGUACGGAUAAAAUUGUGUCGUGGAGUGCUACAAAUAAUAGUUUUGUGGUUUGGGAUCCACCGGAGUUUGCUAGGGAUUUAUUGCCAAAGUAUUUUAAGCAUAAUAAUUUCUCGAGCUUUGUUCGGCAGCUGAAUACCUAUGGUUUUAGAAAGGUUGAUCCAGACCGCUGGGAAUUUGCUAACGAGGGAUUCUUAAGAGGUCAGAAGCACCUGCUUAAAAGUAUAAGUCGGCGUAAACCUGCUCAUGGACAUACUCAACAACAGCAGCAGCCACAUGGACAGAAUGCAUCAGCUUGUGUCGAGGUUGGAAAAUUUGGGCUUGAAGAAGAGGUGGAGAGGCUGAAAAGGGACAAGAAUGUGCUUAUGCAAGAGCUGGUUAGGCUCAGACAGCAACAGCAAACCACUGACAAUCAGUUGCAAGGGAUGGUACAGCGCCUUCAGGGAAUGGAGCAGCGACAACAACAGAUGAUGUCAUUCCUGGCAAAAGCUGUUAACAGCCCUGGGUUCUUGCAACAGUUUGUACAGCAGCAAAAUGAGAGUAAUAAGCGUAUAACUGAAGGCAGCAAGAAACGAAGGAUUAAGCAGGACAUUGUGUCACGGGAUCACUCCGUUACCCCUGCGGAUGGACAGAUUGUAAAGUACCAACCUAUGAUGAAUGAGGCAGCAAAGGCAAUGCUCAGGGAGCUUUCAAAACUAGAUUCUUCACCUAGAUUAGAGAACUUCAGCAACAGUCCUGAAAGUUUCCUCGACGGUUCACCACCAUCUAAUGCAUCUUCAACUCGUGUUUCAGGAGUCACUCUUCAGGAAGUCCCACCAACUUCUGGCCAGCCCUUGCUAAAUACAGUUUCAGCAAUUGCCGGUCAAAGUAUGUCUCCUUCCACUUCCGAGAUCCAGUCAUCUCGUAUUGGCACAUCUCCUGAAAUCGCCAAUAAUCAAUUCGCAGACAUAAGCUCGUUGGUAGGAUCUCAAGAUUUGCCUCCUUGUUCACUUCCUGCAUCAGAUAUAAUCAUGCCCGAGCUAUCACAGUUGCCAGAAAUUUUACCUGAAAACAAUAUAGAUAUUAUCGGAUCUGAGAUGGAGCAUGAUUCUUUCAUGGAUACCGCAGUUGGAGUGGACGGAAAAAUGCCACUAGAUAUUGGUAGUUUCUCUCCUGAUCCUCUUGAAUGGCAGACUGGUUUGCUGGAUGAUAUACAAGAGUUUCCUAGUGUGGGUGACCCUUUCUGGGAGAAGUUUCUUCAAAGCCCUUCACCUGGAGAGACGGAAGAGAUGGAGUCUGCCGUAAUGGAUGAUACUUCAAACACAAGUGAAACAAAACCACAAGAAAAUGGAUGGAACAAAACUCAGAACAUGGAACAGCUUACUGAACAAAUGGGCCUACUAACAUCAAACAACCAAAAGGCUAUCUGAUCGCGUACACGAGGUAUAUUUGUUAAUUAUUGUAGUUUCUUGACUAGUUUUGGGGUUCACAAUUGGGGACCUUUUAGCGUCGACUAGUUUCCCCUUAGUGUUAUGUCUGGUUCAUCUUCUUUCCUCUCUUGUUCCUUACAUGAAACUGAAUGUACUACAGUUUUUGUUGAAUA